AAUUCUACAGAACAGCAAUCAUCAUGAAAACCUUCGCAGCAAUUCUUCUUCUCUCCCUUGUCUCUGCUAUCAGUGCUGAAGUGAGCUGCGACGAAUGCAAGGGAUGGGUUGGAGCCCUCCAGGCUUAUCUUUUGACUGAUGAAGAUCUUGAAGUCCAAUGUCAACUUCUCACCGACACACUUUGCCCUGAAGCCGAGGACCCAGAGGGUUGUGCUGCUGGAUUCCACAACUGGUGGGCACUCAUUGGUAAAGCCAUGUACCCUGUGUUCCUCGAGCCCGCUGGUAUCUGCAUGGAUCUGGGAGCCUGCUCCAUGAAGUCCCUCGCUACAGGAACAUGCGAGGAAUGCACUGCAGGAGUUAUGUCUAUUGCUGGGAUUGUCGGAUCGGAGGAAAGUCUUGUUCAAAUCAUCGAAUUCUUGAAGGGAGAUGAUUUCUGUGGAACUACCCCUGAUGUUGAGACCUGUGGCACUAUUAUUGAGAUGACUAUGCCCUAUGCUAUGCCUGUUCUAGCAGAAGCUCUAUCUGGGGCAUCUCUUGAUCUCUGCACCGAUGUUGCUAUGGCCUGUUAAUUUUGUUAGAAGUCUUUUAAAAUAAAAACCUUUACUCUUUUA